AUGCAACAACAAAUGCAGACCCGAGAUGAACAGGUGGAUUGGACUAACUUCAGAAUGCGGUUCUUGGAGAAAUACUUCCCUGACACAGCUAAACAAGACAAAGAAGAUGAGUUCCUUGCACUGCAGCAAGGUGAUAUGACGGUGCAGGAAUAUGUGAACAGACUUGAACACCUGGCGAGACACGAGCUGAAGAGGGUAGUAACCCCUUUGAGGGAGUGGAGAUUUCUGGUCUUGGUGGAAAAGGCCAAGAGUGCUGAACACCUAGAGAAGGGCCCUGGUCCAGGUUUCCGACAUCAGAGGAAUGUCGUAGAGGCUAGGCAAAUGAAAAAGCCUUAUAGCCGUCUUCCUACCACCUUAGGAGAUUUUAAAUGCUUCCAGUGUGGGGGGGUGCAUUUGAAGAGGAAUUGUCCUCAGCUGAAGAGUUCACCCAGUGGACAAGGAAGCAGUCGCAAAUGCUUCAUUUGCGAUCAGCCUGGGCAUUUCGCUAAUCAAUAUCCAGAGAAGAAGGCCAGUGCUACGAAGAAACUACCAACCUCUGGAGCAGAAAGAGCUAGAGCAGCUGGGAAGGUCUUUGCCAUGAUAUCUACUGAGGCUACUCAGUCAGGUAAUCUAAUAUUACAAUCUUGUUUACUUAUGGGGCAUGAUGUAAUGGUAUUAUUUGAUUCUGGCACAACGCAUUCUUUUAUCUCUAAUGCCUGUGUGGGGAGAUUGAGUCUAGAGAAACGUGACUUGGGGUGUGAGUUGCUUAUUUCAACUCCUUCCUCGGGUCAAGUAGCUACCAGUUCAGUCUGUGUUGGGUGUUCAAUGGUGGUGGCAGCUCGCAGAUUCAAGGUGAACUUGGUGUGCUUGCCCUUGGAGGGACUGGAUGUGAUAUUGGGGAUGGACUGGUUGUCUAACAAUCACAUCAUAAUUGAUUGUGGACGACGCAGUCUGGUAUUCCCAGAACAUGAAGUGUUGGAGUUGAUCUCAACUUGA